CUCCUUCCCUCUCUCCUUCCCUCCUGCCUUCCACCCUUCCUCCCUUCCUUCCUUCCCUCCUUUUUUUUCUUAACUUAGAUGCAGUGUAUUUUCUCACAGCGUUGCAGGUGAAGGUUUUUCUCUCAGUUGCUCGAUUCACUAAAGGGAUGCUCUCACUUGCCAAACCUGCAGCCCUGGUUCAAGCAAUGGGAACACAAAGCUGCAGCUGGAAUCAGGCAAUGGGGAGAGCCAGAGGCUGCAGUGCUCUGGGUACUGCGCAUAGCUCUAGGGGUCAGUGCCACCCAGCAGAGCUCAGCACCAGGUGUGCACACGUUGGGCAAUAGCUGCUGUGUGCUGAGCAUUGCAUACCCACCUUGAUGCUCUCCUAAAGGGGAAACCCCCUGCACUGAGAGCUAAGAAUGAUUUUGGUAGCUCCGCUCGCAGCGCAGCACGGCUGCUUGGAGCUGAGGAAACUUCUGUUACUCCUUCGUGCCCCACGCUCACUGCAAACUCAGCACCUUGCAACAGCAAACUCAGCAUUUUCCAAUAUCCGUGCACUUCUUGUCUGCCCUCCAGCAAAGAUGGGAGCCACGAGGUGCUUCUGGCGAGGGAAUGCCACGGGCAGGGCAGACUCCUUCUCAGUGCCCCUGCUGGCUCCAAGGUCCUGGGGGGCUCCUGCCCACGUGUGCCUGGGAGCUCUGCUCCAUCCCCAUACACCUUGCAGCUGGGUGCUGCCCUUCCCAGCAGGGCAUGGGUAGGGUGUGCACCGGAGACCUUUGUGCCAAUGGUGUGGCAGGGAGUGGAAUUAUUGCAAUGUAUUGUUAUGGUUUUCUUCCUAUGUUUCUCCAAACAUUGGCUAAAUAUUUACCUGCUUGAAACUUCUCAGGAUGUCUGCGAAGGGUGCUGUUAUCAGCCCUGAAACAGAGGGAAAAACUAAGAAUGAGUCCAGGAGGUACAGGAAAGAAUGAAAUGAGCAUCUCCCAAUGAAAAAUCCAGUUUCUUCAGCAACCUCCAGAAGGUGCUGAAAUACUUUGGCAUUUUCCAAGACUCUUUCACACCUUUCAAACAAGCUUGUCACAGUUUCUCGGAGCAUUAUGAAUUUGGUGAAGCUGCAUGUUCUGAGAUCCCAGCUCCUCUCUAGUUUCACCCAUGCUUUGCUUCAACUUGGCAUUCUCCAGUGUUCUGGUCGACGAGGAAAUGGCAUUAUCUCACUCUAAUUAAAUCAGCUUUUCAUCUUCAGCUGGAGUUUGCCUUGGUGUUGGCCACGUCUGCCUCCAUUGCUCCAGUCAGUGUGAUUAAAUCACUGUGCUCUCCACCAAGCAUCAUGCAGAGUGGUUGCUGUGCCUCGCUGGUGGAAUUGGUUUUUGAGGCCAUGAACCAGCUGGUGAUGCUGGGGGUUGCUUUUCUUCCACUGUGUGCUCGAUGCUCCAUCCAUCACUGCCCUGCAGUCCCAUCAGCCUCGUGCUUUCCAGGCGUGCUGAAAGGCAGAGUUUCCUCUUUCCUAUGAAGGAGAACAGCCCCACUGAUGGGACACUGCUGCUCUGCUCUCACCAUGAGCCGUGUGUGCUUCCUUCCCAGAAUGUCACAUUCUGGCCCCAGUGUGUGCCAUGCAGAGCAAAGCCCCACGUCCACAAACGUGUCAGAGGACAGACAGGCACCAGAUGAAAGCAGCUCCCCGUGCUUGCAGGGUAUUUUUUCCCAGUGACAUCUCCCGAGGAACGUGCUCAGUAAUAGCUCAGCAUCCCCAGCAGGGGAGGGGACAAGAGGUGACGAGCCAAGCUGCUCUAUUUCUGCAGGUUCCUGGCCACCAUCACAUUAACUCUUUGCACACAGAUGCUUGCAGGGAGCCUUGCACCACAGCAGCCCUGCAGCAGGUGGCAUCGAGGUGUGCUCAUGGGCUGCCUCAGCCCCAACAGAAAUUUCUCAGUUGGAAGGAGCUGCACUGAUGGGUUGGGAAGGAGGGGAAGAGCUCUUCCCGCAGCCCACAGGCACUGUCACAUGCUCGAGAUAGGCUCCUGGAGGAUGUGAUUCAGAAAUAAGUUGAUGUGUGUUAUUUUCCUUUGAUUCAUAAGCAAAACCCAAGAGGGAGUGAGGGCUCCAGCAUGGAUUUGCUGGCCCAGCAUGGCAGUGUGGGUGUCAGAUGGGCACAGACCGGGUGUGCAGCUCAGUUUGUGGAUCUGGAGAACCACAGCCAACAAGCACAAAGUUCUGCUUGCUGCCUCACGAAGCCAAGAACCACCUUUAAUUUAGCACUCAAGCUCUCCUGUACGCUUUGGAUAAGGCUUUUAAAGAGACGUGGGUGCUAUUUCAUAGUGUUACCUGUACUAACAUUGCCCUUUAUAACUCCUCAUUCCUAUGGGUAAGCAGCACCGGAUCCAGGAGAUGUACCCGUUUUGCUGCUUGGUGCCACGCUCACCCUCCCCACCUCCCUCUGCAGGACCCCAGGGCUGCAGUGCUGCUGUGCUGGGGCUGAUGCCACCACUGCUGUGUGCAGCUCAGGGACGGGCACUGCUGUCACCUGCUCUGAGCGCGGGGUCUGCGAUGCGAUGCGGGAUGACACGGCAGAAAGACGUGCUGUAUUUAGGGCACGCUCAGCGCCGGGGGCAGGGGGAUGGGAAUUCAUUAGCAGUGCAGUGUCUCUUUUAAUCAGAAGGCAGGUGCUGCUCGGCUGGGGCUGGAGGCAGGGCAGCCAUGGAUGCCAUGCAGGGGCAUGUGCUGAGCCAGGGGAGGGGCUGGGGGUGUUUGCAAGGCGUUCGCAUCAGGGAGAGGGAAAUGUUAUUGAGGGUGCCCCAGUGGGGAGGAGACACAGAACAGAGCAGGCCAGGAGGGAUCCAGGUUGUGACCUUUGCAGGGAAGUCAGUGAGUGAUGCCCAGUUUGGAGGCUGCACCGACUGCCACGGGAGCACUGUGAUCACUCCCAGCACUGAUGCUCUCUUCUGGUGAUGAUGCUCUGAUAUUCAAAUGUGAAUUACACUACUACAAAAAAAAAAAAAAAAGAAAAAAAAAAGCCAAACUACAUUUCCCAGUUUCCCUUGCAGCUCUAGGAAAUAAGCUAUUGGAAGAUUUAAAUAGACCAGGCCAGAAGCAACCAACCUUUGGCACAAAGCAUUUCCCUCCUCUUCUUCCAAUCUAUUGGCUGUUUAACCUUUUUCCCUGGCACUGGAGUGGCUGCCAAGCCUGGCAUUAAUUUUCCUUCCAAGCUUGCUAGGCCCAUGAAGUAAACAGCCAUGUGCAUUCCUUACUCUAUAUUUAACAGCUGCAGACUGUGCUGGGGGCAACUGCAACAGAGGGGAACCUUUGUAGCUUCCCAAAUUCACGGCUCGUGAGGGUGGGCGUGGGGAAGAUUUCUGCAGGGAGAAGAGGGAUUUCUCUCCUUCCCGGUAUUUACAAAGCAGUUCAGUUAGAGAAAGACUGCAAUGCCAGCAUCCCAGACUCGGUCCAGAGCGCGAGACAGGAACAAUGUCCUCAACAGGGCUGAGUUCCUCUCCUUGAACCAGCCCCCGAAAGGGACCCAGGAGAGCAGGAGCUCGGGCAGGAAGCAGAGCGGCCAAACGGCGGCGGCCGGAACCCAGAACAGCAACCCCAAGGAGCGGAGGCAAUCGCAGCAGCUGCCCGAAGAGGAUUGCAUGCAGCUCAACCCCUCCUUCAAGGGAAUCGCCUUCAACUCCCUGCUGGCCAUCGAUAUCUGCAUGUCCAAGAGGCUGGGGGUGUGUGCCAACAGAGCCUCGUCCUGGGGGGGUGCCCGCUCCAUGAUCAACCUGCUGGGGAUAACGGGGCACGGCAUCCCAUGGAUCGCGGGCACGCUCAUCUGCCUGGUGAAGAGCAGCACGCUGGCGGGCCAGGAGGUCCUCAUGAACCUGCUGCUAGCCCUGCUGUUGGACAUCAUGAUCGUGGCCGGGUUGCAGAAGUUGGCCAAGCGCAAGGGUCCGUAUGACAUCAGCCCCGGGCUCUUGGACUACCUGACCAUGGAUACCUACGCGUUCCCAGCCGGGCACGCCAGCCGUGCCGCCAUGCUCUCCAAAUUCCUACUCAACCACCUGGUCCUGGCCAUCCCACUCCGCAUCCUGCUGGUGCUUUGGGCUUUCUGCGUUGGUUUUUCCCGCGUUAUGAUCGGUCGGCACCACAUCACAGACGUGCUCUCCGGCUUUGUGUUCGGCUACCUGCAGUUUAGGCUGGUGGAGUUGAUAUGGAUGUCUUCCAACACGUGUCAGAUGUUGAUAUCCAUCUGGUGAAUGCGGGGGACUCGAUGCCUUUCCACCCAAAACCAGCAGAUACUUUGAGUCCCCCCUAUUUUUUAUUUUUUACCUAUUGUUUGUUGGAAACACUUGUAACUUCCAUGAGUAGUGGCGUUUUUUAAUGUUGCUUCCCUGCCUGGAAAAGAAAAUGCCUUGCAACGGAUUGGGUUUUAGCACCCAAUGUUGUUGGCCAUGUUCUCAAACUGUAUUUGGACAGCAAUCAAAUUAAGCUUCACAGGUGAGAGAAAUGAGCUCCACCUGCCUCAUCGGAAUGGUUCACCUCUCACCUGGGUUUGUCCUCAGCGUGGGCAGCACCUUCCUGAGGACUCAGCUGUUAACUUUCUGGAGGCUAAAGGAUUUUGGCCACAGUGCUUUUUCUUUUUGUAAGCCAAGCGACUGUGUCUUGUGCAGAGUCAGGACACUGCUGGGGUUUCACAGAUAAUAAAUAAUGGUGACAA